CUGACUCACUCCAAGGUGUCCUGACACAGCUAGUAAAAAGGUUCCACAGUGAGCAUGAACCUGAGCCUCCCUGACCAGAACAUGCACAACCCCAGUGACGGCGGUCUGGAGGAUAACAAGGCUGAGUUCAUGAUCCCCUGCUUCCGCAGAAACAUGUACGAUGAGCCUCUAAUCUCAUACUCCAAUGGAUCCAUCAUCUCUCACCUCCUGCGCAAAAACAUCCACAACAAGAAGGCUCUGGACGAAAGCCACUUCUACCUACCCACAUCGGCUGUCUCCAGCUCCACUAUGGCUGACUCCAGUCAGGAGGACCAGAGCAGUGUCUCGUCCAAGGACAGCGCGGCAGAGUCUGCAUCCCCAGGCAGGAACCUCUCGAACAGGGUCAGCCCUAAGGAGGACAGGCACCUGAGUGAUCACCUCCAGGCCAAGCGUGCCCGUGUGGAGAACAUCAUCCGAGGCAUGGCAGGGUCUCCCAACAGUAGGCUCCAUGGGGACACUGAAAGGGCUGAGUCAGACACCAGGGAGGCUAGAGAGGCCUACAGGGAGAACAAACGCAAACAGAGGCUCCCCCAGCAUCAGGAGCACAGUCUCAAUGCGACAGCUCCGGCUAACAGAGGCAGCAGUAGCAGCAGCAGCAGUAGUAAGGAUGAAGAGUUCCACAAGCUGAAGGUGCAGCUCCAGAGCAUGCAGAGGCUCCUGAGACAGCUCCAGGAGAAGUUCUUGCAGGUUUAUAACCAGGAAGACGCUGAGCGUGAAGACAGAGAUGACACGGGCACAGCCAGCACUACAUACAGAAGUUAUCUGACACAUCAAAGGGAAGGCAAGAACCUACAGGAGACUCUGAAGCAUGAGCUCUCCAAAGCGGUGAGUGAGAGUGUAGAUAGGGUGUUCAAGAAAUUCUCCUCCACGGGACUCAACCAGUCACCUCAUCAGCGCAUGUGUCACACCCCAGAGCACGUCAUUAUGGGAGCUGAGAGGAAGAGCCAGGUAGCCUGUAACCAGGAGCAAUCACACACUGAGGAGCCAGUCAAACCCCAGGCUCUGGAGUACUAUGAGAGCAGUGAGGCUCACAGUCCUGAGGAUCAGACCGAGGCUCUGUCUCUAGUGGUCCUUAAGCCGCCCCUUAGGUCAGUUACCCCGACGGUGAAGAGGCCCUACCCCUUACACCAGUCUCCAUUCCAGUUCAACUACAGCACACCUCUCCAUGACAGUCAAAUCCUGGAACACCUCCUCAAAUACGGGCCACACACUAACUUCGGAGGUCUCCCAUGCAUGCCCCCAUCCAUGGACAGAACCUCCCCAAACUCGAUGGAGCUGCCCUGGGAUGCCAUCACCAUGAGGUCCAAAGUGACAUCCAGCCACCUGACCCACCACCCUCGCCCAUCAGGCCUGGGACCAGUGACCGUGGACAGUCUGUGUCUUCCUCACGUCAAGAUGGAGUGUGGGGAUAUGCAGAGCAUGGCAGAGAGAAACUCCUACAUGUCUCUCAACAUCCAGGAAGGUCUAACCCCCAACCAUCUGAAGAAAGCUAAGCUGAUGUUCUUCUACACCCGUUACCCCAGCUCCAAUGUGCUGAAAACCUACUUUCCAGAUGUCAAGUUCAAUCGCUGCAUCACCUCUCAGCUCAUCAAGUGGUUCAGUAACUUCCGGGAGUUCUACUACAUCCAGAUGGAGAAGUUUGCCCGCCAGGCCAUAGUGGACGGGGUCACCGAUGUGAAAGACAUGUCCAUCAGCAGAGACUCUGAGCUGUUCAGAGCCCUCAACAUGCACUACAACAAAGCCAAUGACUUCCAGGUUCCUGAGAGAUUCCUUGAGGUUUCUGAAAUUACUCUUCAAGAGUUUUUCAGCGCCAUUUCAACUGCUAAAGAUUCUGACCCCUCUUGGAAGAAGGCAAUCUACAAGGUCAUCUGUAAGCUGGACAGUGAUGUCCCAGAUGAGUUCAAAUCAUCCACUUGCCUAUAGACAGAGCAAGCAAAAGCCAUGCUCAAGGAAGGAAGGACAUUUUCAAGUCAUGCAAUGACAAUAAGUGCUGAUUUUAAGACGUUGCCAAUGAAUUGGAUUUUAGUGAGGAAAUUCUGGAAAAAAAUAUGAUGUUAUAUAUUACAUAUUAUACGCUGCAGGAGCCUACUUAUGGCACACACUUUUUACCGUCUCAGUCAACACAUUAUAACACUGCUUCAGCUCGCUCCUAUGAGUUUUUGGUAACAGUUUACUUGACACCAAGUGUCAUAACACGUUACCACACGGUUGUCAUAAUAUGUCAUAACAGCUGAAAUAACCUGUCAUAACCUGUCAU